CCCUCCAAGCUGUGUAGACACAGUCUCAAAUGUUUGGAGUGUAAUGAAGUCUUCCAGGAUGAGACGUCUCUGGCUACACAUUUCCAGCAUGCUGCAGAUACAAGUGGACAACAAAUGAAGAAGCACCCUUGCCGCCAGUGUGACAAGUCGUUCAGCUCCUCACACAGCCUGUGCCGCCACAAUCGCAUCAAGCACAAAGGCAUCAGGAAAGUGUAUGCCUGCUCACACUGCCCAGACUCCCGACGGACGUUCACGAAGCGGCUGAUGCUGGAGAAGCAUAUACAGCUGAUGCAUGGGAUCAAGGACCCUGACGUGAAAGAACUGACCGAGGCUGCCAACGAGGAAGAAACUGACAUAAAGGAAGACUCCAAGGUUCCCAGUCCCAAGCGGAAGUUGGAAGAACCAGUUUUGGAGUUCAGGCCUCCCAGAGGCGCCAUCACUCAGCCACUGAAAAAGCUGAAAAUCAAUGUCUUUAAGGUUCACAAGUGUGCUGUGUGUGGCUUCACCACCGAGAACCUGCUGCAGUUCCAUGAACACAUCCCUCAGCACAAGUCGGACGGCUCCUCCUACCAGUGCCGGGAGUGCGGCCUCUGCUACACAUCCCACGUCUCCCUGUCCAGGCACCUCUUCAUCGUGCACAAGUUGAAGGAGCCUCAGCCCGUGUCCAAGCAAAACGGGGCUGGGGAAGACAACCAGCAAGAGAAUAAGCCCGGCCCUGAGGAUGAGGCCACUUAGGCUGCAGUGUCAGACAGGAAGUGCAAAGUGUGCGCCAAGACUUUUGAAACGGAAGCUGCCUUAAACACGCACAUGCGGACACAUGGCAUGGCCUUCAUCAAAUCCAAAAGAAUGAGUUCAGCUGAGAAAUAGCCACAGAUCUUCCACAAGAAAAGCCCUAUCCACAUAGGAAUUGAAAACAAGACUUUUUUGUUACCAAAAGUUUGCAGUAUAACAGAGUUAACAGUACUGUCUAAGCUGUCGCAAUAUAUUAUCUGUCCUCUCCCCUCACCUCCUCAGAUGUGCCCCUCCCCAUAAGUAUUAAGGCAGUAUUUGAGUUUUAAAGAGUUUGUAUAUAUUUAAAUAACUUUUUAUACUCUUUGUUACAUGUUUGUAUCAGUAUUGGUGGAAAGUGUUUUGAGUUUUGUUUUUUGUUUUUCUUUUGGGUUAGAGUUUUCCUUUUUUGUACUGUUUCCUUAAAACAGAGUUCUUCGUAACAGGGACAGUUCCUGAAUUCAAACCAACCAUUUUGUAUGUUACAAAUUUGAAUAAGUUCAAUAAUUACAGGCUAACAUGCCUUUUUUAGUGUUUUUAAUUUUUAGAACUCACCACAUAACUUGUAGGUGAUUGUGGGUCUCACAACACUAGCAACUCUUAAGUGUCUUAGCACCACACUUAGUGUGCCUGUUCCUAGCAAUUGAGGGCUCCAAGGACAACAGCACCCGGGUGGGGACAUGGCCGGAACCCUCCCAGACAGCAUCUAAUGCAGCCUUGCAGAUCCCCUAGUCCUCCAAAGUGAGUAAAAGAGGCCAGGAAUCCAACAGGGAAUGCAGGCAUCCUUAAUCCAUCUGGAAGAAUGAGGAAGAAGGGAUCCAUAAAGGGGAGAAAACAGCUGGUGAUUUUUCUGGGUGAAUUUGCAAGGCUGUCUGACAGAGCAUGAUGAGACAGGCUAGGAAAAGGCCAGCCUACUGUCAAAGUUGAAAGGUAGUCAGACCUGUAUGUAGUUCUCUAGUCAAGUUUUGUCAUGCAGCUCACCAACUAUUACAGAGACACAUCUUUCAAGAAUAUCGAGUAUUUCUCUGGCUCUUUGAUAGGAACAUGAAGGCAUGGUUGACUUAACACUUUGCUGUCUACACAGUUGGCGUUUCCUGUUCUGGGUGCUACUGCCAAAUGUCCUGGUACUUAGAGUUGGGAUGCACAACUUUACCACCGACCUAGCAAUGCAGCAGCCUGUACUCUGCAAUUGGCCAUAGAGGAAGCACUGAGCCGCCAGGCUUCUAGUGUUGUUUCAGCACCCUCUCAUGGCCGCCUGAUUUGAGCACUGUAGAGGUGCUCUCUGGUCACUUCCCUGUAUAGUUCUCUGGGAAAGCUCUAUAUUUUGGUUAUUGUUUGUGUUUUCCGUUGCAUUUUAUAUCUUGUAUUUAUCUUCAGAUAUGUUUUGUACUUGUUUGUUUUGUUUUCCUAAGCAAAGAAAUCCAUUUGUGUAUAUAGACUUGCAUGCUAGACUGUAGUCAGCGUUCAGUUCCUUGAAAGGUCUUGCUGCUGUUGGGUGUGCUCACUACAUCCAUUGUGACUGUAUUCAACCCAUUUCACAUGUAAAUAAACGAGGAACAUCUGGCCCUUGAGUUUCUUCAAGAGAGUUAUUGGUGGGUCUCUUGACAUCUGGAAGUUUGGGAAGUGACUCCUUACCGGGACAGGCUACAGAAUAUUGCAGAAUUCCUUCCACUUUGAAGAAUGGCUUGCUCGUUCUCACCAGUGGCCAGCUAGCUACUCUGCCGCUUUCUGUUGACUAUAUCGGUACAAUCCAAGGGUGUGAAAAUAUUCCUCAACUUGAAAUUUAAUUGCUGUUACUUGUUGCAUCUGUAUUGCUCCCAGUUGUGUUCAUUGGCACUUUCACAUGUUCCCGCAUUUGAACCUUGCAAUAAGCCUGCGUGGUGGCCACGUGGGUCUGUACAGCCUACAGUUGAGGAAGUACAGUUGAGGAAGCUGAGCUCAGGCUCAGCUCUUCAUCUGAGACCUCAUAGCUGGUAAGUGGCUUUGCAUAUUAGAACCCAAAUAUUUUGCUCUCAAUCUAGUACUUGCUCUUUGUGGUUAUGUACAUAUUGACAAAUAUUCAUUUAUUCAACAAAUAAAGUUAUGUGCGAAAUACAAUAGUCAAA